UGUGUGUGGUACGGCGAGCGGCGGAGGAAACUGGGUACACAAACUAGUGGUGUAUGUCACAAACGGCCGACAUUUUCUAAAAAAGAAGACAAAACAUUUUCCUUUCACGUGCUUCGAAAUAACACACGGGGUUACUAGAGGAUCCUUUUCGACCUUCUUUGAAGUUCUGUGCUAUCAACGGCUCGCCCCUAUCGAGGGGUUUCCAACGGUCGAGCGGACGGAGAGACGCUCUCCGCCGCGGGUCACCGAGGAUUUUUUUUUUACAAGACUCUGAAGAGGAAGACGAAGUGGAGGGAAAAUAGGAACUGCGACGGACAUUCAUACAACUCCACUUUGACGGACACAAGGCGAGGAUAUCGAGUUUUGUGCGUGGAUACUAUAUUAUUCCCUUUUAUUUUACCUGUACGGAGGAAAAGAGGAGUCGGAAUCGAGACAAAGGUACCAAGGAAAGACCGUCGAGGUGUCAUAGGUCUCGUGCCUAGGGUCUGUAGGUGCAACCCUAAGCCAAGAACACAUUUUUGUCAACCACCUUACACUGGAGAGGUGGUGAGUGCGAUCAACCACACCUUUACUGAGACUACAGAAACAACAGAAUAAACCACACAAAUUUCCUGGUGAAAAAAGUCUCGACAUGUAUCCACAAGGCCGGCAUCCGGCACCUCAUCAGCCAGGUCAGCCUGGCUUCAAGUUCACUGUGGCAGAGUCGUGCGACAGGAUCAAAGAUGAAUUUCAGUUCCUGCAGGCCCAGUACCACAGUCUUAAAGUGGAAUACGAUAAACUUGCCAAUGAAAAGACAGAGAUGCAGCGUCACUAUGUCAUGUACUAUGAGAUGUCCUAUGGGCUCAACAUUGAGAUGCACAAGCAGACUGAGAUUGCCAAACGUCUCAAUGCAAUUUUGGCACAGAUUAUGCCGUUCUUGUCACAAGAGCAUCAACAGCAGGUGGCUCAGGCUGUUGAGAGGGCCAAGCAAGUGACAAUGACUGAGCUGAAUGCUAUCAUCGGGGUACGUGGACUUCCCAAUCUGCCUCUCACUCAGCAGCUCCCGACAGCUCAUUCUGUCCAUCCUGUCUUCAUGCAGCAGCAGCUCCAGGCUCAGCAUCUCUCACACGCAGCCCACGGACCCCCCGUCCAGCUGCCCCCACACCCCUCAAGUCUUCAGCCACCUGGUAUCCCCCCUGUAACAGGUGCUGGUUCUGGCCUGCUUGCUCUUGGUGCUCUUGGGAGUCAGGCCCACCUGCCUGUAAAGGAUGAGAAGAACCACCACGACCUGGAACAUAGAGGCCCCUCAUCUUUUCACUCACCACCGUCCAUUGCACUGAAAGAACGCGAGUCAAGCACGAAUAACUCAGUGUCGCCUUCAGACAGCCUGAGAGCAGCAAGUGAGAAACACCGCAGCUCUUCAGAUUACAGCCUGGACUCAAAGAAACGUAAAGUGGACGACAAGGACAACAUGAGCAGAUACGACAGUGAUGGCGACAAAAGCGAUGACCUGGUGGUGGAUGUUUCCAACGAGGAUCCAGCCACCCCACGAGGCAGCCCAGCUCACUCUCCUCCGGAAAAUGGCCUCGAUAAAUCACGAGUCCUAAAGAAGGAUGCCGCCCCCAACAGCCCCGCCUCUGUUGCCUCCUCAGGCAGCACGCCGUCCUCCAAAGCAAAGGACCACGCCCAUAAUGACAAGUCGUCUACACCGAGCCUGAAAUCUAACACACCAACCCCAAGGAAUGAAGUGCCAACACCUGGAACCAGCACCACUCCAGGGCUGCGACCCCUCCCUAUGGGUAAACCACCUGGCAUGGAAGCUUUAGCUGCUCCUGCCCUGCGUACACCCCUGUCCAUUGCUGGUUCCUAUGCCACUCCAUUCGCCAUGAUGGGUCCUCAUGAGAUGAAUGGAUCUUUGACCAGUCCCGGAGUUUAUCCUGGUCUCAUCUCACCUCAGAUGAGUGCUGCAGCUGCUGCCGCCUACGGACGCUCACCAAUUGCAGGAUUUGACCAUCCUCAUAUGAGAGCUCCAGGGCUGCCGACGAGUUUAACUUCAAUUUCUGGAGGAAAACCAGCCUAUUCUUUUCAUGUCAGUGCUGAUGGGCAGAUGCAGCCUGUGCCCUUUCCCCCAGAUGCCUUGGUAGGCCCAGGCAUCCCACGCCAUGCUCGUCAGAUCAACACUCUCAGCCAUGGAGAGGUGGUGUGCGCUGUCACCAUCAGCAACCCAACACGUCAUGUCUACACUGGUGGCAAGGGCUGUGUCAAGAUCUGGGACAUCAGCCAACCAGGAAGCAAGAGCCCAGUGUCUCAGCUUGACUGCCUGAACAGAGACAAUUAUAUCCGCUCAUGCAAGCUGUUGCCUGAUGGACGCACCCUAAUAGUGGGUGGAGAGGCCAGUACGUUGACCAUCUGGGACCUGGCCUCCCAGACGCCCCGCAUUAAAGCCGAGCUCACCUCCUCUGCUCCUGCCUGCUACGCUCUGGCCAUUAGCCCGGAUGCUAAAGUCUGCUUCUCCUGCUGCUCUGAUGGCAACAUCGCUGUGUGGGACCUUCAUAACCAAACCCUGGUUAGGCAGUUCCAGGGCCACACAGAUGGAGCCAGCUGUAUUGAUAUCUCACAUGAUGGGACCAAGUUAUGGACCGGAGGACUGGACAACACCGUCCGAUCAUGGGAUUUAAGAGAGGGGCGACAGCUCCAGCAGCAUGACUUUACCUCACAGAUCUUCUCACUGGGCUACUGUCCCACUGGAGAAUGGUUGGCUGUUGGCAUGGAGAGCAGCAAUGUGGAGGUGCUUCAUCACACCAAGCCUGACAAGUACCAGCUGCACCUGCAUGAAAGCUGCGUCCUCUCGCUCAAGUUCGCCUACUGUGGUAAAUGGUUUGUGAGCACAGGGAAGGAUAAUCUGCUGAACGCAUGGAGGACUCCUUAUGGAGCCAGCAUAUUCCAGUCGAAGGAGUCGUCCUCUGUCCUGAGCUGCGACAUCUCAGCAGACGACAAAUAUAUUGUGACAGGGUCCGGUGAUAAGAAGGCCACCGUCUAUGAGGUCAUCUACUAAGGAGAAGACUCUCUGCUGCUCUGCCUCAGCGUUUCUACUGAAAAGACUCUUCUUUUCCCCCUGACAUCCAAUCGUGGACUACAACAAGACAACAUGUGGAACUUAACUGUUGGAAAUCAUGGAAUCUGUUGGUCUAAGGAUGCUUUUGCUGGGAAUUAGCUUUUUUUGACCAUGUGUUUUUGAGAGGGUUUUUUUUUUCUUUCUUUUGUGGGUUGCACUUUUUUUCCUCACUUUUUUCCUCGACUCAGAGUUUUGGGUGUAUUCCCUCGGAAGCAGUGCUUCAUUUCUGAAAAAGUUUCCUCAAACUUAUUGUGAAAAUUGUAAAUACUGGAAUAAAUAAAACAUUUUAUAUAUAAGAUUAUAUAUUUUCAUCUCCUGGGUGUACUUGUGACGAUUUCUGACCCGCUCUGUCUCCUGUCUAAUGAUGUUACAGAUACGUACAGUAGACGAAGUAGAACUUUUUAACCUGCUACUUAUUUGAUUUUCUUGUAGCACAUUAUCUGUCUGAUCCUCUCACAAACGGACCGAGGGAUGAGACGCUCUUAACCAGAACAUUUGGACUGAGUCCUCAGACAGAGUCUGUGCUGGUCUGGACCACGAUGGCACCGAACAGGAAACUGAUCCAGGGAGGAGAUGGAUGUAAAUCCUCAUACAACACACAAUUUUCAAUCUGAUUAAUCACAGGGUAGCUGUGGAUUAUUAUUAUUAAUUGUGAUUGUAUUUAAUCAUGAUUAAUCGUGAUUAAUUGAGAUUAAUCAACAUUCCUAACGUUUUAUUUCCCCUAACAGCAGAUAUGAAUACAUUUGUGUAUGUAUAUAUAUAUAUAUAUAUAUUUAUAUCUAUCAAUAUAAAAAUAGAUGGAUAUAAAUAUAUAUACAUUUAUAUUGAUGAGCCCUGUUUCCCGGUGUAUCAUGGUUCCCUGUGUCUUGGCAUGUUUGGUAAUGGGAGAUCAGUGUCGGUGUUUAAUGUUUAGCCUAACCCUCAGACCUCAGCUGGCAGAAGUGCAGCCGCUAACUGAAUGCCAACGGGCUUCUUGUGAACUUGAACAGUGUGGAUGUUGACUUGAACCCCUGAUCUUUCCCAGACUACGGUCAAACAGUACAAUCUGCACUAUUGGAACCCUUCUGCCCUGGUAUCUUAUCUUUAUUCCUGGAAUAUGUUUGGUGGACUGUGAUGUAGAGGGCAGAUCGAACUUUGACCUGAUUGCUCUCUGUCUUUCUAGAAAAAAAAAUGCUCAGUGCCUGUAAGUGCUUGUGAAGUUACAGUGGGAAUACAAAUGAGUUCAGUGUCAGCAUUGAUUUCAGGAGAAACGAGUGAAUAAUGAGGUUUUUACCCUGUGCUCCUGAGCAGGUCAGCAGAGGGGGAGAAAUGCAACCUUCCCUCGGAAUCACACCAAAGUAUGUAGCAAAUGCUGUCAGCACUGAAAAGAAAUGUACAGUUGUCCAUGAAUAAAUAAACCUGUUUUUGUA